UCUCGCUGCUCAUAUUUCGAGUAUAUCGACCAUCGUGAUCGCCAUCGAUCAGCUGGCUGACGCUCGAACACGCUGUCCGCGACUCAGAAUGCAUGCGGGGCAGCAAAAUAUCUGAAAGUUCGUCUCGAGUCAGCGUCGUCCAGGGCACAAAAGUUUUGGUUCAAACCUGCUGGCAGCACAGUGGCAAGACCGUCUUGUCAAUGCAAAUCCGGGCUCCCACUCCGUCUCGAGGCCACGGCCCGUGGGAUCGGAAUGAGGCUGGCGACUGGUUUCUGGUGCUUUCGAGCGGAUACCGUCGGUGUCAGCGGCAUGCCGACCGUUGUCAGCAAGCGACAGCGAGGUGUCAAUGCGACGCGAAUUCUUGAGCUCACUUUACCAAGCUCUCGGCGACUGCGAGUACAGAGAACACUGAACACAAGCUGCACAAGAGUAUUCAGCUGUCUUUUUACCACGCGAACCCCAUCUGGAGUGAGGAGGUUGGUUAGCUUACCAGCUGUCCCUUUCUGCUGCUCGAGUUCUCAAGCUGCCUCUCCUCUCCCUCUUUGCCGUCGUGCUGACCCCGUGCCACUUCACGUUUGGCUCGCCGAGGAAUUAACUCGUCGAGCGCUUAGCGAAUUGAAUAAUAUCGGAGACUUUGGCGAUUAGUGAGAUCAGUUGGUAUUGAUCGACGGACGUCAUGCAACUUCGAUUCCCUUUGCCUGCUGGCUACUUCGCCAAGUUCGACUUGCUACCGAACGAGGCGCAGAACUAUCGAUCGCUAGCCAGCGACAUCGUCCGUGAGACGAAGCGAGACCUGGAUCACUACAUCAAGGACGGACGCAACCAUAUCGACGCACACACGUGGAAACUCGCCAAGUCUAAGGAGCGACUGCACUGCUAUCGAAAGCGCAGUACGCAAAACUCUGCCCAUCAGCUUGGACUGUAUGGCAACGCAGGCACGGACGGAAGUGGUACUGACUCGACCGGCAUUUAUUCGGCACGGUCGCGACCGUCAAUGAGCGUCACGAGCUCUCACAGUCGAUCUGGACACGAAGAAAUGGGCAAGUUGUCGGUAUCGACCCGCUCUUCAGACGACGGCGAACCGAGUCGUAAGAGCAUCCAACCGGCAGUAGUAGGCUACGGUAUCGUGGACGGCACCGUGGACGACCUGGUCUACGGACUGUACCAGUCCUCAACUGACGAGAUGAAGACCUUGUCGGCGUUUCUUGGCGAUGAUUCUCUUAUCGACUGUGCAGCACUGAAGACUAUCCGUCAGACGCGCUCGUCGUAUCUGGGACUCAAGUGGAAGCUGUCUCGUACGGUCGGGGGUAACCGAGACUGCUGCUACAUGGAAUAUGUCGGCGUGUCCGAGGACGCCAACGGCCAACGCUUCGGCUACCACGUUCUGGAGUCUGUGAUGGUCCGCAAUUGUCCUCAGUUCGACGACAACUCGAUCGUACGCACCAACUUGUCCUUUUGCUUCAUCUUUCGACCAGGCAAGUUGGCUGACCAGGUCGAAGUGUUCAUGGAGGGCGCGUACGAUUCAUCAGCCGACGUCCUCACUGCCGGCGGUGUCGGAGACUACCGUACUGCGAUGGAUAUGCUCUUUAACCUCCCUACAGCAAUGGUAGGAGCGGAGGCCAAGAAGAUCUCGGCUAUGGUAGCUAAACAGUCCGGUGCGUUGCGGGGAGCGAGCAGCAAGAACCAGAGCGGCAACCACUGCUCCAUCUGUCGCGCCAAGUCGGGCUUGCUCUCCUCGCACUCAAACUGUCAGACCUGUGGCGCAGUUAUCUGCAGUAAAUGCCGCAUCCGAAAGGUGACGUUCUCUCGUCGGGGCAAGAUCAAGGUCUCGUGCUGUAAAAUGUGUAUGGUUAUGGUCAAGGACCAGUCCCCGUUCGCUGGUGAGCAACUCGAGCAACAGCCAGCGAAGCCCAAGAAGCCACGUCAGGACUCUCGCAGUAGAAACGACAGCACCAGCAGCAACACCAGACUCGACAUGAUCAACGCGUCAGUCUCGACGAUGUCGCUCACUGACUCGGAGUUCUCGUCCUCGUACCAGUCGUGGCAGUCCAGUUCCAUGUCUUCGUUACAGUCGGAUCAUGACGACAGUUUCUACAGCUCCAAUGCCACUAGCAACGCUAUGGUCCCACUCGAUCGGAAGAUGCCGGCGCUUAUGGAGAGCGAAGUGCCAUCCCAGCAUCUUGUGACGUACCAGAGCGAGCAACAACGUCAGUACGAGCAGCAGCAGAUCCAGCAGCAGCAGUUCUUGAUGCGACAACGUAUGAAGCAACACGCUGGACCGAAUAUCCCCCCGCGUCAGCCCAGUACCCGUGAAGGGCUGUACAACCAAAUGCUGGAGCUGCAGAUGCAGGCUGAGCGGGCCUACAACUUGACAAACCAGAACGCCAACAUGAUGAACUCGAGACGAUAGUUUACGUGAGUGAAGGCCGAGUAGAUAUUAACCCUUGAUAAAACUCUUUUGCUAACAGUAAAAUUGUCCACGAUAGUAGUGGUUAUAACCCUUCGUC